AUGCGGUUCGAAUCAUGUUUGCAUUGGCCAGAAAUGCGUCCUGGUGGAUGCAAUCGUUUCAGCUGUAACCUGUCCGACAAACAAUUUAGCUCUUCACUGUUCCGGUCACGGGAUCUGUACUAAUCUCGGCAGUUGCUACUGCAACGAUGGAUGGGAGGGAUUUCAGUGUGACGUGAAGAAGAACGCGACCGUCUUUGCCAAACUGGCGGUAUCACCGGAUAAAAGUCGACCGGAUGCUUCGGCGAAUUCACCAAACAGUCCCAACGCAUCGUUUUUCAUCCCGUCGUAUCGCAUGCGGGGUACUUAA